AUGCCAACAAAAGUUCCAUCACAUCACAAUACUCCGGAACUGAGGAGGAAAAAUUUUGUGAAGAACAUGUUGAGAAGCGAGCAAGUUAGCAGGGAGGAGCUCAUGCAGAUUAUGGCAGAGAAGGCCAAAGCAAUAUUCAGUUUGUGUGAUCACGAGAGGAAGGAGUUCAUCACAAAGAGAGACAUGUACAGACUUGAGAACGAACUACCAUUAUCUUUGGAGCAGUUAGAAAAAGUGUUUGACAGUUUGGAUGCACAAAAACAGGGCUACCUCACUUUACAGGAAUUCACAAAUGGAUUCGGAAGUUUUGUGGGUCUCUCUCCAACAUCCCCAUCCAUCCUCAACUCUCCUGAGUUUGAUUUCGAAGCAGAUGAUCCACCCAGCGUUGUUGGUGACAACAACAUCAACCAGUCUGAUAACUUCAACAAUCUUCUUAAAAAUCUCUCACAGUGUGGAAUGAUUGACGACCACCAGAACGCUCAUGACGAAGAAAUACACUCCUUGUAUGCGCAGAUGGAAACUCAACUGCAAGAAGAAAGGGAUAGAAUUCGAGCUGAGCUGGUUUUAAAUUUCGGAAUUUUUCUUAAGGAUAAAGAACGAGAAAACAGAUUGAGAGAGAAAUUGGAGUUGGAACUUCAAGAGAAGGACAAGCGGCUGCAAGAACUGGUGCUGCAUCAGAAAGAGAUGGAAAAGAAGCUGAAAGAAGUUAACAGAACCAAACAGAAAACAGAAGCGGAAAACGAGAAAUUGAUUCUAGAGAAGCAGGUUAUCGAGAAAAAGUACAGUGAUUCACAGCAGUGUUUGCAGCCAGCUAAUGAGGUGCAAGAUAAAAUGAUAUCUCAAAAACAAGUUGCUAUUGAAAUAGCAGAAUGGAUUGACCUGGAAAGGCAGAAUUUGUUGAAACAGAUUGAAGACCUCAAAGCAAAAAACAAAGAGCUAAGAGACUUGAAUGAUGAAAUAGAAGUUAGAAUGAACGUGACAUCUCUUAUGGAGGACUUUGAAUGA